GUGCGGGAACACUAUCUGCGGAAAGAUGUUCCUUGCCACAGUGAAGUUUGUGCAGUUUGCGAACAAGGUAAGUAAGCGUUUGAAAGCAAUGGAAGCUACAGCCGAUCUUUGGAAGUUGUUAUCUUAGUUACAGCAUACUAUAGUUCAGUAUCACACACUUUAAUUUAUUUUGUUAUUUAGGCAACGGAACUUUGCGUUGUAAAUCACUGACUCAUUAUGUUGUUCCUGAUUGCCAGGUAAGUUGAAUUUGUUUACCGCACUUCGACCGAUCUUGGCCCAAGGGGUCCGUGUGUGAUUCGUCGGUUCAAUUUUCUUUUAAAAUUGAAAAUUGAUGUGAAUUUUUUGAUUUUCGUUAUUUUUUAUCAUAAAAAAUACGAAAGUGCUAAUCGAAAAUUUUUGAGUUUUUUUUCCUUUCGAUAGAAUAUUGAAACGCAACUUAUAUUUUUAAUUUAAUCCUGUCAACAAUAAAGGGAAAAAUGAAACAGAGCGGCAAUUUUGCUUUUCCGACAAUGUUGCAGUCUGUGGCAUGGCUUAUUUUUUCUGUUUUCAGUGGCAGUGUAAAAAUUGAAAAUUGAUUGUAAUUUUCAAUUUUUGUUUUUCAGCCAAAACACUCAAAAUAGUUGACAGAACUACCCAAGGGGGAGGGGGAGGGGUCGGGGUCCAUUUGCACGGUAACUUUUGCCCCCAGCACCCUCCCUCCAUGGUCAGGUCCGCUUCCUUGCCUAAAGGGUUGGGAAUGAAGUGAUAGUUUAGCUGUCUUUUUAGUGGUCUUUCAUGACGUUUUGGAGUGUCUUCCUCAGUUCUGUCCAUUACAGCGAGCAGCCAGUCUUUGGACAUUAGCUAAGAAGUUAGAAAGAUCUUAGACUUCGUAUUGGAGCAUAUUGGUGCACGAAAAAAAUGAGCCUUGACAAAAGCCUGCAAAUUCACGCAAAAAGCUGAAAAACUAUUUUGAACUCUGAAGGGUGCUCAUAUAGAUGGCUAUACAAACAAAGAAGUGAAGGUAGAAAAAAGAAGAAAAUAGUGAACAACAAGCACUUAAGUUUAAUAAACUUAUACUUACCUGAGCAACAAUGUCUCGAGUGCACUGCUCAAGCUCAUCAUUUCUCAAAACAAAACCUCCUAACUGACCUCAAAAUGAACCCUUUCUUGUCGGGAAAUCUUUCUUUUGGCAAUAAACUCACCUUGGAGUGUGUUUUUCUUUGAGUUAUUACAAGAUCCUUAAUGUACUCAGCACUGAAGUUGUUCAUGUUUGGAAGAGUGACUGUGUGGUAAAUAUGAAUUUCUGCUUCCUCCUUUCCAGAGAAGUGUAGUCUGGGAGGGGAGGGAGGGGGACAGGGGCAAAAAAAAUAACUGUGCAAAUGUAAACCCUCCCUCUUGAGUAGUUCUGUUAACGAUUUUGAGUGUUUUGGCUGAAAAAAAAAAUUGAAAAUUGAUUGCAAUUUUCAAUUUUUCUAAGCCAUGCCACAGGCUGCAACAUAGUCGGAAAAGCAAAAUUGCCGCUCAGUUUCAUUUUUCUCUCUAUUGUUGACAGGAUUAAAGUAGAAAUAUGUUAUGUUUCAAUAUUCUAUCAAAAGGAAAAAAAGUAAAAAAUUUUGGAUUGGGCACUUUCAUAUUUUUAUGAUAAAAAGUAACGAAAAUCAAAAAUUGACAUCAAUUUUCGAUUUUAAACAAAAAUUGAAUGGAUGAAUGACACACAAACCCUAAGGCCUAUUACACUUGUGCAGAGUAAACCUUUCAGCAAUAUUUCCUUACAACACUAUACUUCAUUGUGCAAGCAGUUCUUUGACAAAAAAAAUAAUGGCAAAAGCAAUAGAUUGAAAUUUGAAACCAAGGCUUUGUAGCAGUUUGUAGUUGACUGUAGUAUGGUGUUACACCUUUCAAACCUGUAGCCAGCUUAGCCAGAAAAUUACUUGUGGUGGUUUAAGUAUUAUGCCCUGACAUAUCACAUGAACCUUCCAAAGUGAUGUUUUUCUGGAGGAUAAAAUUUUCUUCCUGAUCAUCCAUCAAAGGCGAUUCUAUGGUGUGAAAUGAAUGGUAAGAAAGAAAAAAAUCACAAAUGCUUUGCAAAUGGCCAUGCUCCGUGAACAGGCACCGGGCAUUUGAUGAAGUUUGAUUUGGAGUUCUAAUUGAUAUCUUUAGAUCCUCAGGGAUUUUAGUUUGCAAGGAUCUACUAAUAGUUAGUUAUAGAUACUGAUGUGAUGGUUGGACAAUGAAGGCAUUUAAGUUUUGAAUUAAAAAAAUGAAAAAUUAAUAGUUGUGUCAGGACAAGAACAACACACAAUUAAGCCAAAUUAUGUGGUUAAUUUCCUUGAGCUCAUUCGUUGGUGUUUUAUUUCAGGUUUCAAGGCUGUUUCUUGAAAUAUUUGAGAGUGCAGAACUUCAAGGAGUAAUUUUCUUUGAAACAGUGGUUAAUUAUGUA